AUGCAAUGUUUUGUUCAAGGUUUACGCCAGGAUUUAAAAGAACACGUUAUUUUACAAUUACCAGAUACCUAUGCCGCUGCUGUUGAUGCCGCACGUUUAAAAAACUCCCUUUCUCGUCCAUCAACUUCAGUUUUACCGAAUCAAAGUUCACGCGCUCUUUCAGCUAUAGAUCUCGGUUCAUCGCACGUAACAGCACAAACAACGCGAAAUACGCAUACUGAUGCUCCGAACUAUGUUACACGUCAAGAAUUUAUGAGUUUACAAAAUCAACUUCAGUCUAUCCCACCGAAUAGCCAAAGA